AUGAACAUGUCAGUUGUAGAAAAUAAAGAUCCACCAAUUGUUUCUAGUUUAUCUCGAUUAAUUGAAGGUGUAACAAAUAAAACUAUUGCAACUGAUGCAAGAAAAUUAAUUGAACAACUUGAUAUGAAAUCAUUACAAGAAUUAAGAUUAGUUACUAAAGCAGAAAAACCAGUUGAAGAUACAUUAGCUGCUAUUAUUAUGAUUUCUGAUAUAACAUGGCAAAAAGAUGCGAAAAGACAAUUAGCUAAUCUUGAUAGAUUGAUUGAAGAAACUCAAUUAUUUGAUAAAAUUAUUUUAACAGAAGAACAUAUUAAAUAUCAUACAGUUUUACUUAAAAAAGUUCGACCAAUACAUCAGAAAUAUAAAGAAAUUGAAGAAGAUGUAUUAGAACAGGAUCAAAAAUUAAUUUUAUUAGAUAAUAAAAAAGCAACAGUUGAUAAGAAAGAUCAAGAAGAAACAGUUGCAAUGAAAGAAAAUCAAUUAAAAACUGCAUCAGAAUUAAACCAAAUUUUAUCUCGAGAAUUAGAACGAACAAGUAAAAUAUUUGAAACAAGUGUAGAACGUCAAUCAACAUUAAAUGGUACAUGUACAAUUGCAUCAGCUUUUUUAACUUAUCUUGAUUCAUAUACAUAUCGAUUUUGA